CCCAAUCCGUUCGAUUGGAGGAGCGUCAACUCCAAACGCGCCGGCCCACUCAACAACUAGUAUACGGACGUAGCGAUCCCGUAUCGCUUGCGAGCACAGCUGAAAAUGCGUCGGAGAUGCUUUGCCGUGGUGCUCUCGUCGCUCGUGAUCUGUGUGAGGAGUGAAACCUGCUUUUCGAAGGAGUUUGGCAGCUCUUCCGUUGUCUGCCUGUGCAAUUCAACCCAUUGCGACGAUAUCGGCCAAGUAAGAGCGGAAUAUGGAAAAAUCACGAUAUACGGAAGCUCGAUGGCUGGUGAGCGAUUCCAAAGGAGAACAGCGGAGUUCCUCCACCACGCCCCGGGCGAUGACAUGGAUCUCACAGUGAGCGUACAGAGCAAAACGCUCCAAGAGAUCAUAGGUUUCGGAGGUGCUUUUACCGAUUCCGCUGGGGUAAACUGGGCUUCGCUGAGCCCGAAUCUCCAGAGACGGCUACUGACCUCUUAUUAUAGUCCGGAGGGCUUGGAGUACAACAUCGGUCGAGUUCCGAUGGGCGGUUGUGACUUUUCAACGAGAGACUAUACGUACGACGAUUCGGCAGGAGACUUCGAGCUCAGGAAAUUCGCGCUCGCUCAGGAAGAUCUCCAAUUGAAAAUUCCUAUGAUCCGAUUCGCGAAGAGCCUCAGCGAAGAAGAAAUAUUCCUCUACGGAUCUCCAUGGUCCGCUCCCGCUUGGAUGAAAACGAACGGGAAAACGAUCGGUCGAGGAGGUCUGAAAGGUUCUCCUGGAGGUCGAUACUAUCAGACUUGGGCAAACUACUUCGUGAAGUUUUACGAAGCUUACAGAGAUCAUGGGCUCACAAUGUGGGGAUUCACCUUGCAAAACGAGCCGACGACAGGUUUCCUCCCUUGGAAGUGGCAAACAAUGGCCAUGACACCCUACACUGAACGUGAAUUCCUGAAGAAAGAUCUCGGUCCCGCCUUGUUCAAGGCCGCCGGGAGUUCGAUAAAAAUCAUGAUUCUAGACGACGAUCGGGUUGUUCUGCCUUAUUGGGCAAACGCUAUAUUCAACGACGCCGAGGCGAAUUCGUAUGCGGCAGGAGUCGCGGUCCAUUGGUACAAAGAUAAUUUGACGAGCGCGUCAGUUCUGGAGAGCACGUAUAGGAACCAUCCGGAUAAGUUCUUACUAUACACCGAGGCCUGUGAAGGUUAUCAGGCCUCGGCUCCGGCCGUGAUCAUGGGGAGCUGGGAGCGAGCCGAGUCCUACGCUGAGCACAUCCUCGACGACCUCCGGCACUAUAUCAAUGGUUGGGUGGAUUGGAACUUGUUCCUCGAUACUCAGGGAGGUCCUAAUUGGGUCGGAAAUUACGUCGAUUCACCAAUCAUCGUGGACAGGGACACUCAGACCUUCUACAAGCAGCCUAUGUAUUACGCAAUGGCGCAUUUCAGCAAGUUCCUCCCCAGAGGAUCGGUUCGAUUGGACGAUACCCUCGUGGGCUACCAAAGUGGAUUGACUGCCGUGACUUUCCUCCGGCCCGAUAAGCUCAGAGCGACGAUUAUAUUGAACAAGAACAAUUCAGCGAAGAAAGUGCUGAUCAAAGACAAUGAUGGCAAAUCUUUUGUGGUCGAAGCCGGUGCGCGCUCGAUCACCACCACCCUGCGAUGAAACGCUGGAGCGGUCGCUCUGAAUAAAAUGUUCGAAUUCAACCAGA